AUGUUUGGCUUGAGGUUGCACUCAUGGUACCAGACUCUGCAGCUGCAGUGGCGUGGAGAGAAGCUACCAUACCUGCAGUCUCGCAGGGAUGGUGAGGUGUGGCUUGAGUUCUUGUGCGUGGGCUAUAACGGUGUUCUCGGCUUUAUCUGGGCUUUGGGAUGGUGGUGGAGAUUUGCUAUGGAGAUUGAGGACAAGAAGGAGGUUGACAAUAUGAUGCAAGAGGUCACUUGGGCAAUGGGCGAGCUCGUCUACGUCAUUCAACAAGACGGUAUUGCUCAGAGUCUACUUAGGGAUUUGGAGAAGACAAAGGCCGCAACUACUGCGCCAGAACACAAGGAGGCCAUAUGGUAG